UGUAUGCUUGUAAGUUUUCCCCGUUCCCUAACCUCCGCUGUCCGCAUCUCUUUUCCCUCCGCUCCUCUCUCAUCGUUCGCAUCUCCAUUUCCUCUCUCCUCUCUCUCCCCGCUCGAUCCAACGAGGCGAGGGUUUGAAAGGUUUCGAUGGAAGGAUUCAACAGGGGAGGCAACAGUGAAGUGUUCUUGCCUAAUUAUAAGCUUGGCAAGACGCUGGGCAUUGGAUCUUUUGGCAAGGUGAAGAUUGCUGAGCACGUGCUCACUGGGCAUAAGGUCGCCAUUAAGAUCCUCAAUCGGCGAAAGAUCAAGAACAUGGAGAUGGAGGAGAAAGUGAGACGAGAGAUAAAAAUUUUAAGAUUAUUCAUGCAUCCUCAUAUUAUUCGCCUGUAUGAGGUCAUCGAGACGCAAACAGACAUCUAUGUGGUGAUGGAGUACGUGAAAUCAGGUGAGCUGUUUGACUACAUCGUGGAGAAGGGUAGACUACAAGAGGAUGAAGCUCGACGGUUUUUCCAGCAGAUCAUCUCUGGUGUUGAAUACUGCCAUAGAAACAUGGUAGUCCAUAGGGAUCUGAAGCCAGAGAACUUGCUCUUAGAUUCGAAAUGCAAUGUCAAAAUUGCUGAUUUUGGCCUCAGUAACAUCAUGAGAGAUGGCCAUUUUCUGAAGACCAGCUGUGGGAGUCCCAACUAUGCUGCUCCUGAGGUUAUCUCUGGCAAGUUAUAUGCUGGACCUGAGGUUGACGUGUGGAGUUGUGGUGUCAUCCUCUAUGCUUUGCUUUGUGGAACACUUCCGUUUGACGAUGAGAACAUCCCAAACCUUUUUAAGAAGAUAAAGGGUGGGAUAUACACUCUUCCUAGCCAUUUAUCUGCUCUAGCAAGGGAUCUGAUACCUAGGAUGCUUGUUGUUGACCCUAUGAAGCGAAUGACCAUUCGUGAGAUCCGUGAACAUCCAUGGUUUCAGGCUCGUCUUCCUCGUUAUCUGGCUGUGCCUCCACCUGAUACAAUGCAGCAAGCUAAGAAGAUUGAUGAGGAAAUCCUUCAGGAGGUAAUUAAAAUGGGUUUUGAAAAGAACCAGCUGAUUGAAUCACUUCAUAAUAGAAUUCAAAACGAGGGAACUGUUGCAUACUAUUUGCUUUUGGACAACCGCUUCCGUUCUACUACUGGCUAUCUUGGGGCAGAGUUUCAGGAAACCAUGGAAACUGGUUUAUCUCGGAUGAAUUCGGGAGAUGCUCCAACUUCGGCAAUUGCGCAUCGUUUGCCAGGAUACAUGGACCAUCAGAAUAUGGGUACGAGACCACCUUUCCCAGGUGAACGGAAAUGGGCACUUGGACUUCAGUCUCGGGCUCAUCCUCGUGAAAUUAUGACUGAGGUCCUUAAAGCUCUUCAGGACUUGAAUGUCUGUUGGAAAAAGAUAGGACACUACAACAUGAAAUGCAGAUGGUUGCCUGCAUGUAAUGGUAAUUCUAAUGGUAUGCUCAAUAGUCCCAUGCAUGCGAAUCAUGGCUUUGGUGAUGAAUCUACCAUCGUUGAAAGUGAUGAUGCAAUUGGAAAGUCAGCUAAUGCAGUCAAGUUUGAAGUUCAACUUUACAAGACUAGGGAGGACAAGUAUUUGCUCGAUCUUCAGAGGGUCAACGGGCCACAGCUCCUCUUCCUUGACCUCUGUGCUGCUUUCCUUGCUCAGCUUAGGGUCCUAUGAUGAUGCGCUCUGUGGUCUGCUUCUGAGCACCACAUUGAGCAGUGAAAUAUAUGAAUUUGGAUUUUCAUACCCUAAUGUAAAUAUAAUAACUGGCGCUGUUUUAAUUGCCAUGUCCUUUUUCUUUUUCACUGUUUUAAAAGCUCUGUUGCUUAUCAAGAAGCUGAAGGCAAUGGGCUGUCUGCUGAUGGCUCCAUCGUGAUUUCGUGAUGGUUUUUGCCAUGCAAUUUGCUUUCCUCAACUCUUGCUGUAAACUUGUGUUAUUCUGAUGGGAGUAGCAUAUACCAAAAUUUAAAUUUUGAGCCUUUACUAA